AUGUUUCGAUUUUACAAACUUUAUUCGCUCUAUCUGAACAAAAUGUCACCAAUGGAGUGGUGUCUGUGCGAGAAGCUGCCCCGCGCCGUUCUUCACAUACCGCUGACAGCGGACAAGAAGUGCGAUCUUUGCGGUCUGCCGCGUCGUCCACGCAGCGGCAACAGCUCCUCCAGCGAUGAGGAAGGCGAGCGUCGCCAGCGGAUGCUCGCCGAGCGGCGACGUGCAGAGGAAGCGUGCAAAGGCAAGGUGCGAGUGAAGGUCGCCAUGAGCGCAAAGAAGCCCAAGCCGAGCAAGACUUGCGGCAAAUGUGGUGGCACCCAAAAGCUGGCAACGUGCCAAGUCAAUGAGAGCAAUGUCAACCAUAAAGUAUACGCUGGACGCUUUGGACACUACAAGAAACCCAAACGGCUACCCAUGGGCAGUAUGGCUGGACAGACAUCCCGCGGCGAAGCAGGCGGAGCAGAGCCAAACGGGCUACUACAAGAGAAGCCGCAGCAGCAGGAGGAGCUCCCACCACGUCGUUCAAUACCCAAUACCAGAACGCACGAAUCGCUGUGGGAACCGACCUCGGAUAUGCCCCGCCUAGUGGCCAUGGCGCACGAGGUAUUUAAUCGGCCGAUGCACAUGCGCCAACGCUAUUAUUCUAGUCUGUUUGUCAGCGACUUUAUACCGUUGACAAAGCCGAUUACGGAUCGAACUUGCGGCGCCAUAUCAAAGCGCAGAACGGGCGGACGAGCGUUCAUGGAGCAUCGCAGUCGUCCAUUGCCGCCACUGUCCAAGGUGCUGGCAGAUAUGCGCGAAAGUCGUGAACGUGAAGAGGAGUUGGAAGCAAACAUGAGAGCUAGUGGCGGUGGUUUGGCACAACCUACCACUUCGAUACCAAGCAGUGCAUACUCCACACAAUUCCUGCCAUUCAACAGCUACGAAGGACCCUCGGAGGAUGCUCUGGUAGUGCAGAGUGCACGCUCUUUGCUGUCGCGACCAAACUCGUUGCACAUAACGCCACGCACCGACCUGCCCUGCACUCGUCUGCCCACCUUUGAAUCGGAGAGCAGUAGCAACUGCUCCUCACCCUCUAAGGGCAUGCAAUCUGCAGAGCAGUCGGAAAUCUUUUGCCCCACGCAGCAGUUCUACUUCAUGCGCAACUCUGCGCCACUAAACGAUGAGCUCCUUAAAGCAGCCAACCAUGCCCGAGCUUCGACCAGCAGCAGCAGCAGUAGCAGCGAAAGCUCUCCACAGCUAAGGACCGCUCCUCGGUGCAGCAGUUCCACCCUUCUUAUGAAGCAGUGCGCUCUAAGUACGGCCAAGAAACCGCUGAUCUCUCUGCGCGUGCGCGGCGGACAAUGCGCGACGACUUCCAAUAUAUACUUGUCAAGUGACGAUGCUGAAGCGAUGCACAAAAAAUGGCAGUUUCCCGAACCAAAAGCCAACCCAUCGAAGUCAAAUUCGCUUUUGGGAAAGCUAGACUCAAUUUGGAUGCUAAAUAAAUCGAAUAGUUAUUCAAAGACUGGCGAGGACAAUGGUAAAAAAAAUCAUGUGCGGUUCGCUGACGAUCCAGUCUUUAUUUUUCCCCAUGAGCCGGACUCGUUAGAGCCACAAAAGCCUCUAAAAUCCAUCUCUCUAUUAACUAAUAAGUUUAUAAGUCAUACUGAUCUUGAGACUGAACAGCAGCGCUGCUUAAACCUAAUGCAUACCGAUUCAUUAAAGCGUGAUAGCUCCGUGGUACGAAGAGACUUGAAUCAUCUGUUGGAAAGCCUAAAUCUAAACGAUAGAUAUGAGGUGGAGGACAGCAAUCUGCAGACGCAAGUCACUCUACUAGAAGAUGAACCGUCAGACCUUGCCACUCCUGAUGAUUCGAAGGGCUUGGAACACCUAAUGUCGCGUUUAAACAUAAAGGGCUGCACAGAUACUGUAAACAGCAGUAUGGAAAUGUCCACAGAAAACGAAGUUUCAAAUCAUCAUACCCCCUCAGUUGGCCAAACGAAUUUGGAGCAAAUGUUCUCGGAUUUGCGCAUUGCGGAUUGCAACAAAACUGAGGACAGCAGCAUGGAAACGGAAGUUACGCCACUGAGAGCUGACGAUGGACAUGAUUUUGAGAUAAAGGAACAGCCCGAUGGGGUAGGACACUAUGUAGUUUUAAGUGAAAUUUCAAACGAUUUGCCUGUAAAUCUGACAAAUAAAUUAAACGAUGAUGAAUGCUAUCCAAAAGGCCUUUCUCCUGGGAAGCAAGAAUGCAGAAUUCAUAAGCUUGCUAUGGAGAAGCUGGUAAGGAAGCCUAAUGGGAAGCUAUCAAAGCAGCUAAGCCCCUCCAUGUGGUCGCAAUUCGUAGAUUUGUUUACGCCACGCAAGAGAACAUCGUGUAAUAGGUGUGGUAUGAAAAAAUCAAAAGAAAAUAGCACACUUUCCACAAAAAUCUGUCCAAUUGUGCCAAAAAGAAAUCAAUGUACAUCAAUAGAGUUGUCUGAUGCAAGAACAGUUGCCCCAAAGACCAGCUUAUAUAGUUUAAAAAUCGCGACAGCAAGAACAAACAUACGCACUCCGCCGCCAAAGAAAAUUAAAAUAGCUGCCGAACCAGCAGAUUCAAAUGAGACGAGCACCAACGAAAGCUAUCGAACCUGCCCGGAUUCAGUGGCGAUGCCCCAAAAAGAUGCGGAAAAAGCAUAUCCCGAGAAGUACAGUUUUACAAAAGUAAAAAUGAAUCGGUAUCCAACCACUGCCACAGUGAAGCCCAGAACUGUGAAACCGCCAAAGCCGCUUAAAAAGAGGAAAUCCCUGAAGGAAAUGAAAACGAAACCCCUAGAGACACAAACCUGGCACUUUGUCAAAAUUAUUGAGACGGUGCACCACAAAUGUACCGAAAUAUUUUUCCCCAAAAUGUUGGCCUUUGUCAGGGAUAUAAUAUCCACAACGGCUACUGCGACAUGGCAGUACAAGGAAUACAUUUCAGGUGAGUCCACCUUAGAUUUUUAUGAAUUCCGUGCACCGGACGUAUGGCUGAACGACAUUAAGGUUGACGAAGCUGAAAACGAUCUUAAAAACAGAGCCCGCCAGUUAGGCAGAUAUUUACUAAAGCAACAACAGAACCGUCAAAUGGAGCAAACGGGCUUUGAGAAUGAACUAUUCGAGACUUGGAUGUCGGCAGAUAAACGGAGAGCGACUAUGGUGGAUAAGGAAACUCAGCUAGGGUCGGAUUGUUCUUCAACUUAUCAGGUACCUGGAAAGAGGACGAAACAAGACCAAAGUAAAUGCAGGAGUCGUAAGAAAUCCAAGCCUGAGGCUCCUGUUUGGCCCGCACAUCCAUUUAGGCACAAAAAACGUCGCGUCACUAAAGUAGCAUCCAGUGUUGGCUCCUACGCUUCCGAUGAGGACGACGAUAAAGACACCUUUGAGAGUAGUCGAGUACAAUCUAUUCCCGAUUAUAAAUUACCUGAUAGUUUUAAGAAGCCAUUGCAACUCAUUACGACCGAUGUACGCCUAUCAAUGACGAAGACCUUGCAGAGUGUUAAUAAUAAGGGCAUACAUGGUUUAGAACCAGCCGAAUACACACGCCAAGAAGACUCCUUUGAUGAUAAUCGACUUAGCGCCACACCGGACAGCAUUUCGGAUCCUGAAUCACCAAAUACUUUUAAAAAACCAUUGCAGCUGAUUUCGACAAAUGUACGGACGUUCAAGAUUUCAAAAAAGAUUUUAGAACCGAUCCAAUACACACCCCAAGAGGACAACUAUAGCUUGCUGCAACAACAAUUAAAAGAGAGCAUGUUGAAACCCAUUCACCUAAUAACGUCCAUUGGGGUUACUGUGCCCAAAAGCGCGAGGCCCGCAGAGACCAUUAGACCUACAAUUAAAGCUUUCCAAUCAGAUGGAAGUAAGACGCAUUUGCUGAGUGAAAUCAUCCCCGCACCAGAAACUAUGAAUGGCCAACGAUUUCAACAGAAUUUGCAAACCUCGAGUUGGCAAAUGAUAGCUUUGGAGGCCACAUCGGAAAGAUUUGAGAACAACAUUAAUUCAUGUCAGCAUGCAUGUCCUGUCCAUAACUGCACAGCUCUGCUAGGUCCUGAUACAUUCUCCACCCACUUCAUUCAAAUGCACAGAUACAAAGGCACUUCCCUACAAGAGUCCUACCAUCGGGUACUGCAGGGAUAUCCCCGACAAUUCACAUUCGACAGCCAACACUUGACUGAAGAGAAUAGCUUUAUAGCUCUCUUAAUCUACAGCCGAGUUACGAAUGGGGGAGAGCAGUCUUCAAGUCUGCAUGACCAGCCUUACGUUUUGAUAGGUGCCUUUGGCGAAUUUCCGAACCUCUCUUUAAACCAGGAGUGUUCCCUAGCGAUGGUUUUCUGGUUGGUUGGGUAUACUACACCAGUACCACUGAACGCUACGUUAACAGUGCACAGUCCUUGUAAUGGUGUAGGACGUAGCAGAAAUAUUCUACCUAUAGGUGUAAAUGCAACGCAAGAUCCACGUCGGUUUGUUAAAGGAUCCAAGGACUAUUUUUUACUCAGAACAUCAACAAAAAACCAUGGCCUUUUACAGAUCAGCAUAGUUAUGAAGGAGCAAAGCGAAGCGUCGGAACUCUUAGGACAUUAG